AUGCCUAGGGUGAAGCUCCCUCCGCGAACGCCAACGCCGCCUCCUGAUGAAGCCGCGCCGCGACCGCCGGUCGGACUUGGAUUUGAAGGCGAGCUGUCCGCUGGAGGGUUGGCAUUCGACCCGAAUGCGCUCUCUCCAAUGUCUGCCACAUUCCCAUCGAAGCAGUAUGCCACUCUUGGCCCCAGCGACUCUGUCUCGCAGCGUGCCACGCCGACCACGCUGUACACGCCAGCGAGCGCAACAUUUCCGUACACGCCAGCAAGCGCCAUGAGUGGGACUGACACAGAUGUGCCUUCGAUCAGCGGCACACAGAAUGCGCGAAAUCCAUUCAACUUUCAGUCCGUCACCUAUCAGCCAGGCCGACCACAGGCGCAGCAGAAUGAUAUUGGACGAAGACGAGGGCACAAGUACAAGCAUAGCAGCGUAUCCCAUCAAAUCUUCCUCGAACCGGCGCCUCGCGCUCCCCUCCAGCUUCCAGCGUCCCUGCCCAUCCCAACCUUCAAGGAGUACCGAUCGUCCAUGUCCAAGGAUCAGAAGUUACGAUUGGGCUGGUGUUUUGGUCAUCUUCUUGUCGCAGGACUUGUGCAAUGGGGCUCCCACGAAUCCCUAGCGCUCACAGUCCUGUCUCGUCUCAUAUUCUACGAUGCAAUUGGUGCUUUCUUGUGCGUUGCAGUCGAUGUCGGCUCCAACUUUGAGGUCUGGAAACGCUCCAGCAUCCGUCAUCCGUUUGGGUUUGAGCGUCUCGAAGUCAUCGCGGGACUGGGCAUGUCGGUUGGCCUCUUGUUCAUGGGCCUGGAUCUCAUCUCGCAUGGCUUGACACAUGCUCUGGAGAAUACUGGUGGACAUGCGGCACACCACACGGACGAACACGAGCGAGUCUCUCCUGGUAGCAUCGACCUUUCUGCUUUAAGCGGGAUCGUUUCAACGCUCAUCUCUGCCAUCUUGCUAAAGAACCAUGCUCGUAUCGGCAAAGUGAUGAGACUAGGCGCCAUUGCGAACCUGCCUUCAGUCCUGAGCAACCCGUCUCACUUCCUGACUCUGUCCUGCUCAGCCUUAUUGCUGCUUCUGCCUUUGCUUAGCAUACAGAUGUACGUUUGGCUAGACCGCACUUUGUCCUUUUCUGUUGCAAUUUGCAUGGUUGCGUUGGGCUGGAUUCAGGGAUGGACGCUGGGCAAGAUGCUACUCAUGUCCUACUCGGGCACAGGAGUAUCGGACGUCAUGUACGACCUUGAGACGGACCCAGCUGUGAGCGCAGUCGAAGAGGCAAAGUUCUGGCAGGUUCAUUACGGAUUGUGUCAGGCGAACUUGAAGGUCCGAGUACGGAAUUUGGACGAGAUAGGACGUCUGCGCGAUCGAAUCGGCAGCAUGGUACGGAAUCGUCUGGGUGGAAGCUAUGGCAGUGGGGGACAGAAGUGGGAGGUUUCUACCCAGAUUACCCUUGAGAAGGACUGA